GAUAAAGGCCAUGAAUAUACGCACGUAUAUAUACCAAUAUAUCCAGUGUUGCUUCAGUUCAAAAUAGCGUAUACAGUUACGCGUGCAAAAGCUUCAAACUCAACAGAGUUAUUUUAAAGUUUCCACCUUUUAGUUAUCCCACUUUCUUUCCAUGUCUCGUAUGAAAUUAAUCCUAACAAUAAUUAUUCUUAUGUUAGGUUUAUCCUUUCAACUAGCAAACACGGAACUUAACUUGGAGUUGGUGCAAGUAUUAUUUAGACAUGGAGACAGAACACCACGUAAAAGGGAAGUAUUAUCAAUGGGUCAACAUGACAUAACAGUUUAUGAACCAUGGGGUCUUGCUCAAUUAACAAAUGAAGGAAAGAUGAGAGAGUAUCGGAUCGGAACGAUGUUAAGGGAACGCUACGACGAAUUCUUGGGAAGUAUUUAUCAUCCUACGGACGUGUAUGCUUAUAGUUCAGAUCACGAUCGAACAAAAAUGUCCCUUCAGUUGGUGUUAGCUGGACUCUAUCAUCCGGCACCAACACAAACGUGGAAUAAAAAUUUAUCGUGGAUGCCUAUACCGACUUAUUACAUGCCAGAGAAAGUUGAUGAUCUAUUAAAACCUGACCUUUCUCCAUUAUAUAUAAACGCUGUGAAUGAAGUAAGGAAUACGGAGGAUAUACUUCAAAAGAUAAUACCCUACAGGGAUCUGUUGAAAUUGCUAAGCAAAGAAACUGGUUUGAACAUAACGACAUCAAAUUUAGCAUAUGAGAUAUACAAUCAACUUGCAGCAAAGAAAGCCAUGAAUCAUUCAUUGCCAAAAUGGUGCACCGAUGAAAUUUACAAACAGCUUCAAGAGAUCGUGAAUAUAGAAUACGAAGUCCGUUCUUAUACGCCAUUUUUGAAACGAUUGAACGGCGGUACGAUUAUCAAAAGAUUCCUUGACAAUAUAAAAAUAAAUGAGAAGCGUGAUAGGCCACGAAAGAUUUAUUUAUAUAGUGGACACGAAGUAAAUAUCGCUGCUGUUGUCAAAGCGCUCAAUUUAACUGAACCUGAGCUACCGCCUUAUGGAUGUGCGAUUAUUUUUGAAAAAUUGAAAGAUCCGAAUGGCAGGACGUUCAUCAGGAUGCUAUUUUGGAAUGGAAUCACAGAAGAAUUGAAAGCUUAUAAAAUUCAUGGUUGUGACGAAAUUUGUCCAAUUGAAAAAUAUUUAGACAUUGUAAAAGACUUGCUUCCAUCAGAAGAAGAAGUUUAUCACAAAUGGGAUCUUUUAUCGAAAGAAGAGUUACGACAACUAUAUGAAGAAAUACCUAAUUUCAAUUAGGCAAUUGCAACAUACAUUGACAUUCACUGAUAACGUGAAAAAAAUAAAGCAUCAGAAAUUAAUAACGUAAAAUUCCAAACUGAUGACAAUGAUGUUGCUAAUUUUUUACGUUCAAUGAACGAUGUUUCGAAGAAAUCUGAAUUUUGCUUAUUUUUGCUCGUUCUGUGAUUGUAAACAUGCACUUUAGACUUCAGAUAUUAGAAUAAUUGGAAACGUGUCUUGAUGUCAGAAUAAAUAUAUAAUGUGAAUGAGAGCAUUGUGUACUCAUCAAUUGACUAAAUUUUCAAAAGGCAAAAAAUAUAUAUAUAUAUUUACAGAA